UAGCUUGUUCUGAACGUAACGUGCCGUCAACGUAAGGGGGUACUGCUCGAGGCAACAUAGCUGGAGUGAAAGCGGGAUUCUGUUGUGCUAGUUAGCCAGCUAGCUGUGUAGUGCUAGGUAAUGUGCAGAUCAUUUUGAAAAAAUGCACUACUACCGCUAUCAGAAUGCAGCUACACGGGAGGUCAGCUGCUGCUACAAAUACCUUAUGUUCAGCUACAACAUCAUAUUUUGGCUGGCCGGAGCAGCGUUUAUUGCUAUCGGUUUCUGGGCCUGGAGCGAAAAGGGAGUGCUCCUGGACCUGACCCAGGUGACACGGCUGCAUGGUUUCGACCCUGUGUGGUUGGUUCUCGUGGUCGGGGCCGUCACCUUCAUCCUGGGCUUCGCUGGCUGUGUGGGUGCCCUCAGGGAGAACAUCUGCCUGCUCAAGUUUUUCUCGGGUGUGAUCGGCUUCAUCUUCUUCCUGGAGCUGACGGCGGCGGUGCUGGCUGUGGUCUUCCAGGACCCCCUGAGGGAUUGGAUCAGCGACUUCUUCCUGGCCAACGUCAAGGCCUACCGAGAGGACAUCGAUCUGCAGAACCUCAUAGACUCCCUGCAGAGGCUGAACCACUGCUGUGGAGCCAAAGACCCAGACGACUGGGACCUGAACGUGUACUUCAACUGCAGCCAGAGCAACAUCAGCCGGGAGAAGUGUGGAGUCCCUUUCUCCUGCUGCCUCAGCGACCCUGCUGACACAGUGGUGAACACCCAGUGUGGCUAUGAUGUCAGAGCUGGUCAGAAGGGCGACUGGGGCAACUACAUCUACACCCAGGGCUGCAUCCCAGCCCUGGAGGCCUGGCUGCCUCGAAACAUCUAUAUCGUGGCCGGAGCCUUCAUCGUCAUAUCUCUGCUGCAGAUGAUGGGUAUAUUCCUGGCUCGGACGUUAAUCGGAGACAUUGAGCAGGUCAAGCUGAGCUACUAAGGCCCCGGCAUCAACCAACAAGGGACGGCGCUGGAUGACAGGAAGACCAUCUCUAUCUCUAUCCCCCUCUCCAUUCAUCCAUGUCUCAGAGAGACAGCCAGGACACACCCUCCACCCCGCCCUCAUUCCCUCCCUCCAUCUCUUGAGCCAGAGGGGAAACAGAUGUAUCUGUCGAGUGCUCUUCUCCCUCCCCUCUCUCUCUCUCUCUCUCUGGGAGAAGAGCUCAGAUGCACUGAAGACACCGUCUCUCUCCAACCCACUUCCAAUCCAUCCCUUCAUCCCUCUCUCCACAGGAUUGGAGGAGAGAAGGAGGGAGGAAUCUUUCCUCAGCUCCUGCUGUGUGCAUGAGGUUUCUCCUCUUCCACGACCGCCUAUACUCAUGCCCUGUCCUCGGAAAGCACAGAAACCAGACUUUGUGUUUGGAACAUCUCCAGCAAUCUCAUUGUAUUUAGGCUUACUUUUUUUGUUGUUGAGUGUGUCACAAGAAGUCUUAUAUUUUCAACCGGGACAUCAACCUUUGCUGAAGGGAGAACAUGCUUACCCAUUCAGCCCCUCGGGCAUUCUCCAAAGCUGCAGUGAAUUGUGCCUCCAACAGCCUGUAAAAACUGGCUGAACAGGAAGACUGCAGAUGGCAUCAUUCCAAAGAAAUGCUACCUUACAUGCUAUGGAUUGGCCAGGGCUUGAUAUGACAAUAGGUGACCAAAAGGGAGGGGAAAGGAUUCGGAUGCAAAUCACCUUGUGUUCUUACACCCCAUUGGCCAACAGAAUCAGUGCUAUGGUAUCGUCAUAAAUUGUCUGUACAGUAGCCACUGUUGCCUUUUGGCCUUAUGUUACAAGUGCAUACAAAACAUGUAAGAGACGGAAGUAUUUCCCCUCCAGUCAAGCCUGGGGUGACGCCCAGCAACGGCAUCCCAAUCUGGGUCAACACCAAACAUCCGCUGCCUGGAUAACGUGUCUUUUCAUCCUCGUGACUCACUCUUUGGACUCAACGGGAUUUCGUACCACACCGUGCUAGUUAUCACGCUGCCUUAAGGGAAAGAUUGAAUGUUUAUAUUUGUGGAGAUAUAGCCUUAUAGAUACAUAUAGCUCAGCCUUUAUGAUGUUUGAAGUAGUGAGGCUGUGUUUGUUUGAGUUAUCCAAGCUGUUGAGCCUGGGAGUGGCUGACGGUAAUGAAGCUGUUGUGUGGAGUCCAGGGGGGGUGGGUGCUGGUCAGAUCAGGAGCAGGCCCGGUACAUCGUACCCAGGGGGCAGGGACAGGAGAGGAGGGGGCCAGUACCGCCUCCAGGGGGGCAGGUGAGUGCCAUUUUGUCCCCAGAACCAGGAUUUAGUGUUAGUGUGAUGCACAGAAUGUUACCUGACAGCUAAGAGGACGUCAUGACUAGAACAUUGUGGAUUGAGUUGGUGUGUUCACCAAAUGCUUCAUUUUUUUUUUUUUCUUCCAAACAGCCCUCCUCAGACAGUGCCUUGUCAUUGUGUGUAGUUUAUUAGCGCUGUGCUGCUCUGUUCUCUGUUAGACGUGGAAUGCAACAUGAUCCGACAAGAAGCUACAGCAGGCUGAAGAGAAACAGUUUACACUGACUGAUAGCACCCCUCAACAUGGCCCCUGGUCGUUUGACUAACGCACACCAGAGACACUUCAGAUCCAAAUGGACUUGGUCGACCUGUUGAGUGAAAUGUACUGCUUCCAAGUUACUGCCAGUGCUUCCAAGUUACUGCCAGUGCUUCCGCAUAUUGAGCUUGCCUUACUUAGUCCAAAGAUUCUACUGUAGGCCAACGUGGUCACUAUUAGAAACGUACAGUCAGUUCUAUGGGGUUUCCUCAUAAUCAUUUGUUGUAUGGUUAAGCACAUCAAGCAAUAAAAAAGAAUAUUGUCAGUGUUUGGAAACUGUUUUUAGAGCCCUGUGAAGGAUAUUAAGUGUUUAGUUUGACGUGUUUGAUUUGUUUGUUCAUGGGACACUUUGUUUGUGUUGCUGUGGAAGGAAUUAAACCGUAUACAUAGAUGAUUUUUUUUACAAAGGGACCUCUAUAUUUGUAGAUAUGUUCUGUCUCACUGAAUAACAUUUUGUAAUUGUACAUUUUGUAAUUCUCGCAUUUUUAUGCAAUAAAAUGUAAAAAAAAUUGUA